AUGCCUGUGCUGGAUGGACUACGAUAUGGAGAGCCAGUUAAUGGCGGUCCCAGUCUCCCGAGCAAUGUCCAGCGCCAAAAAAUUGUCAUCGUUGGACUGGGAAUGGUGGCUAUUUCGUUCAUCGAGAAAAUCAUCAAGCAGGAUACCCAACGCAACUUCGAAAUCGUCGUCAUUGGCGAAGAGUCCCACGUAGCAUACAAUCGCGUUGGACUUUCAUCAUUCUUUGAACAUCGCAAGAUUGAGGAUCUAUACCUCAAUCCGACGGAAUGGUAUGACUCGUUCAAAGAACGAGCCUUCGAUCACCACCUGAACACACGGGUGACAGCAAUCGACCCCACGGAGAAGACAGUCCAAACCUCUACCGGUGCCACAUUAUCAUAUGACAUCCUUGUCCUUGCAACAGGCUCCGAUGCCACCCUCCCCACACACACGCCCGGCUACGAUGCCAAAGGCGUCUUCGUAUAUCGAACCAUCUCAGAUUUGGAACGCCUCAUCGACUUCGCGGCUCAACAUAAAGGCGAGACAGCAGUUACAGUCGGCGGUGGACUUCUAGGCCUGGAAGCUGCGAAGGCGAUGACCGAUCUGGAGGACUUCGGAAAUGUCAAAUUGAUCGAUCGGAACAAAUGGGUGCUGGCACGACAGCUAGAUGCAGAUGCGGGCAUGCUGGUCACUCGCAAGAUCCGGGAUCUAGGACUUGAUGUUCUCCAUCAGAAACGGGUCAAGAUUGUUCAUACCGAUGAGGAGAAUAAUGUGGUUGGGAUUACCUUCGAGGAUGGUGAGAGGAUUGAUUGUUGUUGCAUUUGCUUUGCGAUUGGAGUUCAGCCUCGAGAUGAACUGGGUCGAGAUAUUGGAAUCCAGUGUGGUGAACGUGGAGGAUUUGUGAUCGAUAAAAGUUUGCAAACCUCUAUCCCAGGAAUCUAUGCUGUAGGAGAAUGCGCGAGCUGGGAGAAUCAAACAUUCGGAAUCAUUGCUCCGGGCAUUGAAAUGGCCGAUGUACUCGCUUUCAACCUGACCAACCCAGAUAAACAGCCUCGCAGUUUCACGAGACCAGAUCUUAGCACAAAGCUGAAGCUGCUAGGUGUCGACGUCGCCAGUUUCGGUGACUUCUUUGCUGACCGGGAUGGACCCAAGUUCCUUCCCGGUCGUCGGCCUCCGACUGUUCCUGGCUUGGCAGAGAUUAAUUCGCGAGAGGAGCCCCCUGUCAAGGCGUUGACAUAUAAGGACCCCUUCAGUGGGGUGUACAAGAAAUAUUUGUUCACUAUGGACGGCAAGUUCUUGCUUGGCGGGAUGAUGAUCGGAGAUACCAAGGAUUAUCUGAAGUUGAACCAGAUGGUCAAGCUCCAGAAAGAACUUGAUGUUCCUCCAAGCCAGUUUAUCCUUGGAGCCCAGAAUGGCGGAGAAGAAACCGCGGACGAUCUUGAUGAUAGCACUCAGAUCUGCUCGUGCCACAAUGUCACCAAGGGAGAUGUGGUCGAGAACGUCAAGAACGGCUCAUGCACGACAAUCGCACAAGUCAAGUCUUGCACAAAAGCAGGAACAGGGUGCGGUGGCUGCAUGCCUCUGGUUCAGUCCAUUUUCAACAAGACAAUGCUCGAAAUGGGACAAGAAGUGUCAAACCACUUGUGCUCACAUAUUCCCUACUCACGAGCCGAUUUAUACAAUAUCGUGGCUAUCAAACAACUGAAGACCUUCGUCGAUAUCAUGAAAGAUGUCGGAAAGCACCCGAGCUCCCUCGGUUGCGAACUCUGCAAGCCCGCAAUUGCAUCAAUUCUGUCCAGUCUGUUUAACCCGCACAUCAUGGACAAGGGUUUCAACGAUUUACAGGAGACAAACGACAAGUUCCUCGCUAACAUCCAAAGAAACGGCACAUUCUCUGUGGUACCCCGAAUCCCAGGUGGUGAGAUAACGGCUGACAAACUCAUUGCGAUCGGAUCCGUGGCUAAGAAGUACGGUCUGUAUUGCAAAAUCACCGGUGCUCAGCGCAUCGACAUGUUCGGUGCGAAGAAGCAGGAUCUUCUGAACAUCUGGACAGAACUUGUGGAUGCGGGUAUGGAGAGUGGACACGCCUAUGCAAAGGCGCUUCGAGCAAUCAAAAGUUGUGUUGGAACCACAUGGUGUCGUUUCGGUGUUGGCGACAGUGUUGGCAUGGCGAUUCGACUGGAAGAACGAUACAAGAGUAUUCGUGCGCCACAUAAGUUCAAGGGGGCUGUGUCUGGCUGUGUGCGAGAAUGCGCGGAGGCCCAAAACAAGGACUUUGGACUUAUUGCCACUGAAAAUGGGUUCAAUAUCUUUGUCGGAGGCAACGGAGGUGCCAAACCCAGACACGCCGAGCUCCUUGUUACAGAUGUGCCAGCAGAGAUGGUGAUGCCCAUAAUUGACCGCUACCUUAUUUUCUACAUCCGCACCGCCGACAAACUUCAGCGAACAGCACGUUGGAUCGAAAAUCUCCCGGGCGGAAUCAACUACCUCAAAGAGGUGAUUGUUGAUGAUAAACUCGGAAUUUGCGCGGACAUGGAGAAACAGAUGCACGAACUAGUAGACAGUUAUUUCUGCGAGUGGACCGAGACUGUCAAAGACCCCAAACGCCGAAAGGUCUUCCAGCAAUUUGCAAACACAGACGAAACUGUCGAGACAGUAGAAGUUAUCCAAGAGCGAUCUCAACAACGACCCACAUACUGGCCCAAAGAGUCUGCCGAGCGACAGGAUUUCAAAGACCAUAAGUGGUCAAGCGUGUCCUGGCAGCCCGUUGUCCGAGCCGACCAUUUCUCCGACGAGCCACCUCAGGUCUCAUCUGCGAAUGUUAAGCGUGGUGACACACAGCUUGCUGUCUUCAAGAUUAAGGGGAAGUUCUAUGCGACUCAGCAGAUGUGUCCCCACAAGCGAGCAUUUGUCCUUUCUGAUGGUCUUGUUGGCGAUGAUGAUGCAGGGAAAUAUUGGGUGUCCUGUCCGUAUCACAAGCGCAACUUCGAGCUCAACGGUGAACAGGCAGGUCGGUGCUCAAACGAUGAGAGCAUGAAUAUUGCUACGUUCCCUGUUGAGGAGAGGGACGAUGGCUGGGUGUAUAUCAAACUCCCGCCUAUUGAAGAGUUGGAUUCGAUUUUGGGGACGGAGAAGUGGAAAGUGCGGAAGAAUGAGUCGGAGGACCCCUUCCAUAAGGUUGAUAGGAAGUUCAAGGGUAUGAAGGGAAAGAAGAUCACUGAUGGUUUCUUAACGCGUGCACCUAACGUGCAACCAGCCAAGUCGAUUGAUUGGUAG